AGGAAAUAAAAAUUUGCAUAAACAAAAAUUGGGAUAUAAAAAUGCAUGUACCAUUUGAAAAAGCUAACAUUCUAAAAGUAGGAAUAAAUUUUUAAAAAUGGUGAAACUUUUAUUUUUACUCUGUGCUGUUGUUCUGACUGUCAAUGCUUUUGUCAUUGAUAGGGAACAAGAUAAUGGAAGUCAAGGGUUUGAACCUGAAACAACUGAAAUUGAAGAAAUCAAAGAAGUUCAGCCUGAAACACCCGAAACUAUAGUGGUUGAACCUGAAACACCUGAAAUUGAAGAAAUCGAGGAAGUUCAGCCUGAAGAACAAAAGUUUGAGGAUAUAGAACCUGAAACACCUGAAUCUGAAGUGACUGAAACAAAUGAGCCUGAAACACCUGAACCUGAAGUUACUGAGACAGUUGAGCCUGAAACACCUGAACCUGAAGUGACUGAGACAGUUGAGCCUGAAACACCUGAACCUGAAGUUACCGAAACCGUUGAGCCUGAAACAACAACUGCUGAAGUUACUGAAACAGUUGCACCUGAAACACCUGAACCUGAAGUUACCGAAACCGUUGAACCUGAAACAACUCCUGAAGUUACUGAAACAGUUGCACCUGAAACACCUGAACCUGAAGUUACCGAAACCGUUGAACCUGAAACAACUCCUGAAGUUACUGAAACAGUUGCACCUGAAACACCUGAACCUGAAGUUACUGAAACCGUUGAGCCUGAAACAACAACUGCUGAAGUUACUGAAACACCUGAACCUGAAGUGACUGAAACCGUUGUGUCUGAAACAACUCCUGAAGUGACUGAAACCGUUGUGCCUGAAACAACAACUCCUGAAGUCACUGAGACAGUUGUGCCUGAAACAACAACUCCUGAGGUUACUGAAACAAUUGCACCUGAAACAACAACUUCUGAAGUUACUGAAACCGCUGCACCUGAAACAACAACUUCUGAGGUUACUGAAACUGUUGCGCCUGAAACAACAACUCCUGAAGUCACUGAGACAGUAGCGCCUGAAACAACAACUCCUGAAGUGACUGAAACAGUCGCGCCUGAAACAACAACUCCUGAAGUGACUGAAACAGUCGCGCCUGAAACAACAACACCUGAAGUGACUGAAACAGCUGAACCAGUCACUGAAGAACCAAAAGUUGUAGAAAAUGUAGAAAUUGGAAAAAUUAUUCGCGAAGCAAAAUCAAAGAUAGUUUAUAAAAAAGCUUCAGCAGAAAAUAAAAUAAGAAAACUUAAAGUAGAUGGUCAAAGAAUAAGAGAAUCAACACAAGCAAAAUAUGCCGCAGAAUUAAAAUAUGUUCAAGACGCAGCACAACAAGUAGCAGACAAUACUCAAGAUGUUGAUAUAUCAUUUUGCUACAAUGAUGUAUUAGCUUUUGAAAGAGCAGUUUCGGCAGCUGUUGAAUCAGUUAAUAAAUGCAUUGAUUCAGUUCAAAAACCAGCCAAUAAUUUUCUACAAAGCAUUGAGAAAAAGGGAGAUAGACUCUUAAGUGUUUUGAAAGGAUUUAACGACGCAGCCAACAACUGUGAUAAAAACCAAAAAUGUAUUAUAAAAAAUAAAAGAGAAGCCGACCUUAGCGUGUACAAAUCAGUUUUUUCAAUAAACGCCGAACUUGCAUCAUUCACAAUGAAGUUAGCCUAUUACUAUCCAAAACAGAAAUUCUGUUCUCUUAUCGACAAUGUGAAACUAUUUUUGGAAACACCUGAUAAAACACUUAGGAAAUUUAAAACUUGUGUCAGAAAUAAGAAGAAGCAAAGUGGACAGUAGAUAAAAAAAUUUAUUUUAAUACAAUACUUUAUUUUUACGUAGAGAAAUUUUUCUAUUUUGAAAAUAAGUAAAUAAAUAAAUUAUAAUAAAAAAAAAAUAAUUAUUAUAAUGAUGAUAAUUAUAAUUAUAAUAAUAAUAAUAUCGAUAGUAAAUAUAUUUUAAAUAAUAAAAAAAUAAAUUACUACAAUUAAUAUCAACAGAUAAUAGCGAAUUUGAUAUUACCGACAGUAGAUAAAGAGAAAUUCCACUUUUUCAUCUGUCGAUAAUUAAAAUGUCUUUUCUAAAUACUUAAUUAUUUUUAGUGUUAUUUAUUGAAAAUGGGCCUUAAGGGGAUACCACCAAGCACUCUAGAAAAAAAUUACCGACUAAUGAUAAAGUAGAAAUUAUCAAAGAAAUAUUUCUACUUUUUAAAUAGUCGGUAAUGUAAAAUUCUAUUUUAACGUUUUACAAAAAAAAUGCCACUUUGUUUUUAGUUUAGUCAUCAACAUAAAAAUUUCCAAACAGAAGAAAAAUUUCUGUCGAUAAUGUCAAAUUCUACCUUAACAUCGCAUUUCGCAAUUAAGCAAUAUAAAAACUGUUUGUUGUUAGUUGUUGAUAUUAAGUAACAUUGUAAAGAACACAAAAUAUAUUUUUAAAAAAAGGAAAAA